GAUGUGUGAUAGUAACCUUCAGCAAAUUAUCGUUACUGUUUACCUUUAGAUAUCUGCUGAAGUUGUAUAACAGGGUCGCCAGACACGGAUUAAUUGUUACUUUACCGAGCACAGGGGGAUGAAGAAGGGGUUGUGUUAUGUAAUUUUGAUGUUGUAGAUCUUUCCCACCAGAGACGGAAUGACUAAAAAUGACCGAGUAGUCUAGAAAUGCCCACGGAUGGAACUGGGGACCAAGACCCAGCAACGCCGAAGAGCCCCGUCACUGCCCCCGAGCCCCGGGAGCCCGAGGUCCCGCAGGAGAAUGGGAUCGGCGGAGAAGAAGAGGCGGGGUGUUCGUCCUCCAGCAGGGGGAGCCCCGGAGCAGCGCCGGUGGCAGCCCCUGCCGCCGGGCCAGCACCGGAGCUGCCCAGGAAGCCGCAGGCCCUGCUGCACAUCGACCGGCAGCAGAUCCAGGCCGUGGCCCACAGCGCCCAGGCGGACGAGCUGCGGGGCCUGGGGGUGGACGUGUACGACCAGGAGGUGCUGGAGCAGGGGGUGCUGCAGCAGGUGGACCGGGCGAUCAGCGAGGCCAGCCAGGCCGCCAGGAGAGCCGACGCGGAGAAGGAGUACCAGGCGGUGCUGGAUGACCUGAGGUCCUGUACAGCUGCUCUCAAACAUGCCAAUAAAAUCAUAGAGCAGCUCACGCCUUAUACUGCCACAAGCAAAGACAUCAGCAGGAAAAUUGAGUCAGUUAAAAGGCAGAAGGAAAACAAGGAGAAGCAGCUGAGAAAGAUUAAGGCAAAGCAGAAGCGUCUGCAGGCUGUCCUUGGAGGAGAAGCUGUUCUGGAGAUUGAAGCUGAUCCAGAUGAGGAUGAUGAAGAGCCUGGCCCCUCGACUCUUGGCAGCAUGCUCAUGCCAGCUCAGGAAACCGAAUGGGAGGAGCUCAUUCGGACUGGCCAGAUGACCCCUUUCGGUACCAGAAUCCCCCAGAAGCCGGAAAAGAAGGAGCCCAGGAAAGUCAUGCUUGAUGAGGCGUCUGGAUUUGAGAAGUAUCUGGCCGAUCAGGCCGUGAUGGCAAUGAACAGGAAAAAGCUGCGAUCCAGGAAGAAGGUGAAGAGACCUCGCCGCGAGCCCACAGAUCCCGGCGCGGCCGGGGAGGUCGGAGUGCAGGAGAAUGGGAAGGUGUCGGGGAAGGGCCAAAAGCUCGAGAAACACCUGCGGAAGUUACAGAGGAAUGCCUUGAAACUCCAGUCCAAAGCGAAGGUCAAAGGCGAGAAGCCUCCUCCUGCCGAGAAAAGGAAAUCCCGUUCCCACCGUGGCUCCGAGAGCGGGGAGUCCGAGUACAUUCCCAGCGACGAGCUCUUCGACCCCGAGGAGCCGGAGGAGGAGGAGGAGGAGGAGGACAAGUUCUGGGCGGACGAGGAGGAGUACGACCCAAAGCCGUCCAAGCAGCAGAAGCGGCGGCCGGGGAGGAAGACCACGGAGGAGGAGGGUGACGAAGAUUUCUGCAGCAGCUCCGAAGAGGAGGGUGCAGCUCGAAAGGGCCGCGUGAAGAGAUGCAGAGACGACGGGGACGUCGAGUUUUACAAGCAGAGGUUGAGGAGGUGGAAGAAACAGAGACUGAGGGAAAAGAUGGAGCAGCAGGAGGCUGGAGCUGACGAGUCCGAAGACAGCGAUGCUGAAUUUGAUGAAGGUUUCAAGAUGCCUGGAUUCCUCUGGAAAAAGCUGUUUAAGUAUCAACAGACAGGUGUCAGGUGGCUGUGGGAAUUGCACUGCCAGCAGGCAGGAGGAAUUCUGGGGGAUGAGAUGGGCCUGGGCAAGACCAUCCAGAUAAUUGCCUUCCUGGCAGGGCUGAGCUACAGCAAGAUCAGGACUCGUGGCUCAAAUUACAGAUACGCCGGACUGGGCCCCACCAUCAUUGUGUGUCCGGCCACGGUGAUGCACCAGUGGGUUAAGGAGUUUCACACGUGGUGGCCUCCCUUCCGCGUGGCCGUGCUGCACGACACUGGCUCUUUCUCCAGCCGGAAGGAAAAGCUGAUCCAUGAGAUAGCAGCCUGCCACGGGAUUCUUAUCACUUCCUACUCGUAUGUUCGGAUCAUGCAAGACUAUAUUCAGAAGUACGACUGGCACUAUGCGAUUCUGGAUGAAGGGCACAAGAUCCGAAAUCCAUAUGCUGGGGUUACACGUGCUUGCAAACAGUUCCGCACACCCCAUCGCUUCAUCCUGUCGGGGUCUCCAAUGCAGAAUAACUUGAAGGAGCUCUGGUCGCUCUUCGACUUCGUUUUCCCCGGCAAACUGGGAACGCUGCCCAUUUUCAUGGAGCAGUUUUCAGUCCCUAUCACUAUGGGAGGUUAUUCCAAUGCUUCUCCGGUCCAGGUACAGACAGCUUAUAAGUGUGCCUGCGUAUUGCGAGACACCAUAAACCCAUAUCUCCUGCGAAGGAUGAAGGCAGAUGUCAAAACAAACCUUUCACUGCCUGACAAAAAUGAGCAGGUGCUGUUUUGCCGAUUAACAGAAGAGCAGCGCCAGGUAUACCAAACCUUCAUAGAUUCCAAAGAGGUCUAUCAGAUCCUGAAUGGUGAGAUGCAGGUGUUCUCUGGCCUGAUAGCUCUGAGGAAGAUCUGCAAUCACCCAGACCUGUUCUCUGGUGGCCCUAUGAUCCUGAAGGGGGUUCCGGAUGAGCAGCUAACUGAGGAGGAGCGCUUUGGGUACUGGAAGCGCUCUGGUAAACUGAUUGUCGUGGAGUCUCUGCUGCGGCUGUGGCACAAGCAGGGCCACCGAGUGCUGCUCUUCUCUCAGUCGCGGCAGAUGCUGAAUAUCCUGGAGGUCUUUGUGAGGGACAGAGGGUUCUCCUAUCUCAAGAUGGAUGGAACCACCACUAUAGCUUCACGGCAGCCUCUUAUUGCACAGUACAAUGAGAACAAGUCCAUAUUCCUGUUUCUGUUGACCACCAGAGUGGGAGGACUGGGAGUGAACCUGACAGGAGCGAACAGGGUGAUCAUCUUCGACCCUGACUGGAACCCUAGCACUGACACGCAGGCCCGAGAACGUGCUUGGAGAAUAGGCCAGAAGCUGCAAGUGACAGUGUACAGAUUGGUGACGGCUGGGACUAUUGAAGAGAAGAUUUACCACAGACAAAUCUUCAAGCAGUUCCUCACAAAUCGAGUACUGAAAGACCCAAAACAGCGGCGUUUUUUUAAGUCCAAUGAUAUUUAUGAGCUUUUCACAUUGAGCAAUCCUGAUGGCUCUCAGGGGACAGAAACCAGUGCUUUGUUUGCAGGCACUGGGUCCGACGUCACAAUCCCGAAGAAGCUGUCAAAACCCCGGACCUCACAGCCAAGCCCCGGCGACACCCGGCAGAGUGCGGCCGAGAGGCCCAGGGAGGCCACCUCCUUGGAGUCUAGCCCGGGGCUCAGCGGCCGCGAAAACCCAGCCUCGACAGAGCGCGGGAGGGCGAGUGUGAGCGAGGGAGAGGGCGGAGCCGACCGCAGAACCGCGGGGACGAGGCGCGGCCCCCCGGCCGGCAGCACCGGCGGAGAGGACGCAGGAGACGCCAGCACGGCGCCGGAGGCCUCCGCCCCCGCGACCGGGCAGGCCGUGGACGGAUGGCAGAGCCAGCCGGGGCACGGCAGCCCCCAGAAGCACAAAGAGAAAAGGAAGCAUUGCGCCCCUGGAGAGGGCGUGGCGCCGCCGCCGCCACACAAGCACAAGCACAAGCACCCCAGCGGCAGCAGGUUCGAGGGCCAUCACAUCCCGCACCUGGUGAAGAGGAGGAAGUACAGAAGGGAGGAGGGGGACGACAAGGAGAGAGAAGACCAGAACAAGAGCGACGAUUAUGUCUUAGCCAAGCUCUUCAAGAAAUCCGGAAUCCACAGCGUCAUGAAACAUGACUCGAUCAUGGAGGCCUCGAACCCAGACUAUGUCCUGGUGGAAGCGGAGGCGAACAGAGUGGCCAAGGAUGCUUUGAGAGCUGUGAGGAUCUCCCGACAGCACUGCAGGCUGCCCUUCUCCAGAGCUCCAGCCCCACAGGGCAGCCCCCUGGUGGGAGCAAAGAAAAGGUUUGGAACAAAGAAAAAUUCUCUGCUGUCUGCUGCAGCCCCAGUUACAACCAGUGUGCCGGAGAAGUGCAAGGACGCUGCUGUUAUUAAGAAACUAGGCUUGAAGAAGACUCCCUCCUCCAGUCAUUUCAGUGGGGAAGGCGUGGAGGAAGACUCCAGCCUCUCUGCUCUGUCCUCAUCUUCCCUGCUGGCCGUGAUGAGGGCCAGGAAUCACCUGAGCCUUUCCCAGUCCCUGGAGAGUGACAGGGAGCAGGACGGCGUGCCGCCGGCGUCUGCCGCAUCCCUCACCCCGACCGAACACGACGAGCUGCUGGUGGACUUGAGGAACUUUAUUGCCUUUCAGGCCCAGGUCGAUGGACAGGCAAGCACUCAGGAAAUAUUGCAGGAGUUCACUCCCAAGCUGUCUGCCUCACAAACAGUGAUUUUCAGAGAACUGUUACGGAACAUCUGUGAUUUCCAUAGGUCUCCUGGUAAAGAAGGCAUUUGGAAACUUAAAGCAGAAUUCCAGUGAAUUUAUAUGCAUUUUUUACACAUUGUGUUAAUUUGUACUGUAUUGUAAAAUAUUCCAUAUCUUUCAUUUUUUUUACCUGGGAAAUACUUGAAGCCAUAUACUGUACAGUAAUUUUGUUUUGGAAACUGAAUUGGGAAAGAAGAUGGGUUUACCAGCGCAAUAAACUAACUACAAAUGGAUCUGAAGUAUGUUUCAGAAUAAAAGCAAUGUUUGGAAAUA